CCAUCCCCACACCACAUUCGCACUUUCAAUAACGACACUCCUAGUCUUUUCACCUCCGGCCGACAGGCAAUAUCACCGCCGAAAAUGGCGUGGUUACUCUCUUUGAAGGCUACGUUGAUGUCCGCCGGAGUUAUUUCCAUGGCUCUCGCUCUCAAGGUCUCUGUUCCUUUAGUUUUCGAGUUUUCAGUUCUUUAUGUGCCUCUGAUUUGGAACUCCCUCAUUUCUUGCUUGAGACCUCCUUACAUUUACAUUAUCAUAAACGGGAUUAUCAUCUCCAUCGUCGCCUCCUCGCGUUUCCACCAGAAGGAAGCCGACGCUUACGUUGAGAUUCCUUCUGCAACUAAGGCUUCGGAGGAUAUCGGAUACAGAGAGAUUGUUUCGGAAUAUACUGUUAUAGAAUCGCCGAUGGUUUACGAACAGAGAGAUGAACUGAUUGUUUCGGAGCUGAAAGCUAUCGAUGCGAUUGAUUUCCAGGUUGAAGAGAUAAUUGCUCCGGAAGUGAAGGAAAUCGAGGCGGUGGUCUUACCCAGAGAAGAAGUAAUUGCUCCGGAAACCAAGGUUAUCGAAGCGAUUAGCUCUAUUGAAGCUGAAGCAGAGGAUGAGGACAAAUUCGUCAUAUCCACAAAUCGGACCCGGAAUUCACUGAAGAGGAUGGGAUUACCAGAGAAACCGCUCGUUUCUUCCAGAUUUGGCCACCGGAAAUCUGCUAAAGCGAGUCCAGAAGGCGGAAGGGCGCUGGGAGUAAUAUCGAAGGCGAAACGGCACGAGACGCUAGAGAACACGUGGAAGGCGAUAACGGAAGGGAGAGCAAUGCCGUUGAGCAGGCACAUGAAGAAGUGGGAGACGUGGGAGAAUCAAAUGAACGGGGGGGAGGUGGAAAUAAAAGCGGAGAGGACGAAUCAGGGGACGACGACGGUGAAGCUGAGGAAAGAGGCGUCGAUGAGUCAGGACGAUUUGAACCGGCGAGUGGAGGAUUUCAUAAGGAGAUUCAAUGAGGAAAUGAGGUUGCAGAGGGAGCAAUCGUUGAAGAAGUACUGGGAGAUGGUGAACCGUGAGAGCUGAUCUUUUUUUCUUCUUUCGUUUUCUUUAUACAUAUUUCCCUUUUGGAGCUUUUUUAUUCCUUUGGGUAAAUUUUUGAUUGGUGCAAAAUAUAGGAAGGAAAUUAAUUACUUUUAUUUGUUAGGGUUGUAAAAUUGAAAAAAUAUAUCCAUAUAUAUAUUUGAAUUGUAAUAUUAGAAUUGCUCUAUAAUAGCAAAGAAGUUAUGGGCUUUGUACAA